UCCCAGGCGAAGUUCGCACAGCGCAUGCUCUUGAAUCGCUCGGAAAAUUCUUGACUGUGCAGCAAAGGGAUUGGUUGAUUAGCAUCGAGUUCGACACGUGGGCACCAUGGGUAAAGAGAAGACUCACAUCAACAUUGUGGUGAUCGGCCACGUAGACUCCGGCAAGUCUACCACCACCGGCCAUUUGAUCUAUAAAUGCGGCGGCAUUGAUAAGCGCACCAUUGAGAAGUUCGAGAAGGAGGCCCAGGAGAUGGGCAAAGGCUCGUUCAAAUAUGCUUGGGUGCUUGACAAGCUAAAAGCUGAACGCGAACGUGGUAUAACCAUCGACAUAGCCUUGUGGAAGUUUGAGACGGCCAAAUACUAUGUUACUAUUAUCGACGCGCCCGGCCACAGGGACUUCAUCAAGAACAUGAUUACUGGAACUUCGCAGGCGGACUGUGCCGUGCUGAUUGUGGCUGCUGGUACCGGCGAGUUCGAAGCCGGCAUCAGCAAGAACGGUCAGACCCGCGAGCACGCCCUGCUGGCAUUCACCCUCGGCGUCAAACAGCUCAUCGUAGGCGUCAAUAAAAUGGACUCCACCGAGCCUCCGUACCACGAAGCCAGAUAUGAGGAAAUCAAGAAAGAAGUCUCUUCAUACAUCAAAAAAAUCGGGUACAACCCGGCGACGGUGGCAUUCGUGCCGAUCUCGGGCUGGCACGGCGACAACAUGCUCGAGCCCUCCGACAAAAUGCCCUGGUUCAAGGGCUGGACCAUCGACCGCAAGGAGGGCAAAGUCGAGGGCAAGUGUCUCAUUGAGGCCCUGGACGCUAUCCAGCCGCCGUCCCGCCCCACAGAGAAGCCGCUCCGGCUGCCUCUUCAGGACGUGUACAAGAUCGGCGGCAUCGGCACGGUGCCCGUGGGCCGCGUCGAGACCGGCAUUCUCAAACCAGGCAUGGUAGUGGUGUUCGCGCCGGCGGCCAUCACCACCGAGGUGAAGUCCGUGGAGAUGCACCACGAGGCGCUGCAGGAGGCCAUGCCCGGGGAUAACGUCGGCUUCAACGUCAAGAACGUGUCGGUAAAGGAGUUGCGCCGUGGCUUCGUCGCAGGCGAUUCCAAGAAUGCUCCGCCUAAGGGCGCAUCCGACUUCACUGCACAGGUGAUCGUGCUGAACCACCCGGGCCAGAUCAGCAACGGCUACACGCCCGUGCUUGACUGCCACACUGCACACAUCGCCUGCAAGUUCGCUGAGAUCAAGGAGAAGUGCGACCGCCGCACAGGUAAAACCACCGAGGUGGACCCGAAGUCGAUAAAGUCCGGCGACGCGGCCAUCGUGAUGCUGGUGCCGACCAAGGCGCUGUGCGUGGAGUCCUUCCAGGAGUUCCCGCCGCUCGGCCGCUUCGCCGUGCGCGACAUGCGCCAGACCGUUGCCGUGGGCGUUAUUAAGAGCGUAACAUUCAAGGAGGUAACAACGGGCAAAAUCACCAAGGCCGCCGAGAAGGCCCAGAAGAAGAAAUAACUAUGGGGCACUUUGAAAAUAACGAAGCGACCGCUGGCCCCCCCGCGCCGCGCCCCGGCGCCGGGCGGCCCGCGGGCCCGC